AUGCUUUCACGGCUAGCUCCCCGGCGGGCGUUGGCGUCGCCUGGCGGAGCCGUCAAGGCGGUGUAUCCUCGAGUGAUGUUAACGGCGUGGCUGAUUCCUCAUCGGGCUUACUCAUCGCUGUUCCCGCUUAACGAUAAGGAGCGUCAGGAACAGGCCAAGUUGGCAAAGAUGACGCGCCUCCAGCGGUGGGGGGCGUACCUCGACUCAGACAAGUUCAAAAAGCUGAUGACCAAGUACUAUAUCGGUGGUUUCUUAGCUCUCUGUGUGGCGUGGUACUACUACAUGCGGGACCGGUACUAUGAAGACAAACAAAUCAAGCACGUCAAGGAGAAGUACCAGGCGGACCCGGCUCUGCUCAGUGAGUACGAGUACUUGAUGCUCAAGACGUUGAGUCAGGAGACGUUGCGUCCCAAGGAAGCGAAGAAGUACAAGAUCUACCAGUUGAUGCGCAAAGAGUUCCGUCGCAAGCACUUGUUUGAUGGCGAAAAGUUCUUUAACCCUCUGCCUGAAGACUUGGAAGCGUGGUACCAAAAGCAACCUCGGAUCUCCCGUAAGAAGGCCCCCGUGCUUGAUGAACCUGAUACCGAAGAGGAAGCUAGUGCUGAGCUUAAGAACGCUCCCCUCAGAAAUGCUGAUAAUCCCAAUAUCAUGCCGGCUGAAGAUACUACCGAAUUCUAUGAUGAAAUGGCUGAAAAGUACGACGAUGAGAUCAAAUGGGAAGAACGCGGGGUGAUGAUGGGCCAGCGCCGGCGGUGGUUGAUGAGACAAGUGAAAGGUGAUGUUCUCGAGGUAGCGUGCGGUACUGGGCGUAACAUCCCUUACUUUUACCCUGACUUAGUCAAGCUGAUCACUUUUGUUGACUCGCUGAGGAAUAUGGUUAAUGUCGCUCAAAAGAAGUUUCGCAAAGCGUACCCCGAUUUUGAGAAGGCUCACUUCGCCGUCGGUAAGGCUGAAGACCUUGUACGUCUUGCUGGCGAAGGCAACGGCCCUCGUUACGAUACCAUCAUCGAGGCGUUCGGGUUGUGUGCUCACGAGGACCCCGUGGCAGCGUUAAGGAAUAUGGCUAAGCUUUUGAAGCCUAACGGGCGGAUUGUGCUUUUGGAACACGGCAGAUCGACGUGGAAUUUCGUCAACAACCACUUGGAUUUCCGUUCGGAAAAGCGGAUGAAGACGUGGGCGUGUCGGUGGAAUUUGGAUAUUAACGAGUUGGUGGAUGAGGCCGGAUUAGACAUCACUUACGAGAAGCGCGUCCACUUGGGAACUACCUACAUGUUGGUGUGUAAGCGUCCUGAAGACCCCAUCAACAGCGACGAAAAGUCGUUUAUCAAUAAGCUUUUGGGGAGAAACCCCGAGCCCAUCAAGCCUAUCACCAGAGAGUGA